AGAAUACACAAAUCUAGGCACCUGCAGACAAACUGCAUGCCCCUACUUCUCCUCUCAAGUCAAAUCGUUAUAUUCCGUACUUUAUACCUCAAACACAUGCAUGAAGUAUGUCUAUCGAGAACAGCCGUGAAGGGUUAAUUAUAAAUACCCCUUUUUCAUACUUGGGCUCAAGUUUCAGAGGACUACCUGUCUAGGUAUCUUUGAGACCAAGUAUUUCGCAUGCUAAUACAGUGGGUAGUUUACGUUGGCGAAUCAGCAAGCCUUUCCUACUUGCAGUUGAUCCGCAUGAUCGUCGAGACUGUCUCCGGGCCAUCAGAGUUUACCCUUGAUCCCCAACGACACAACAUUCUGGAGAAUACCAUCCAGCUUCCAUAUGAGAUAAAGCCAACAGGGGUGCUUCCUGAUAAGAAGACGGCUGAUAUACUAGUAGACUCAUUCUUCACAAACACAUCGGGCCUUAUCGACGUAUUCAUUCAGAAGGAGUUUCUCCGAUCUCUAGAUGAAUGCUACAAGGAGCCACUCAGCACGACCCAACCCCAGUUAUGCCUUCUAAACCUGGUAUUUGCUAUCGGUUUAGCUAUCGCUCGUCCAAUACGCGGGACCGAUGAGGCUGCCAUAAUUCGAAGCUUGCACUCAGAGCCUAUUAGUCGCGCUGAGUUAUUCUAUCGAAAUGCUGAAAACAUUUAUAAUCCGGUGUCGGGAUUUGAGGAUGCGGACUUCUGGUCAAUCCAGGCCCUCCUCUUAAUGUCCCUCUAUAAGCUGGUCGUUUCGAAGAGGAAUGCAUCGUACUUCUACUACGGGAUGGCAGUGCGGUCCGCCUUCGCGAUGGGACUGCAUAGGGAGGAUAGCAUGGUGAUCUUUAGCCCAUCUGAACGUCGCGUUCGGACGAACGUGUGGAGGACUUUAUUCGUCCUCGAUCGCUUCCUUGCGGCAUGCCUUGGCCGCCCUAUAAGUAUACUGGAAGAUGACUGCUCCGCGCAUGCGCUAGAGGCGCCAACAGAGAUCGGUACUGAGGAGCCUAUGAUGGAUGAUGUACAAGCAAUAAACUCACUAGCUUUGGAUAGUGCAGUGAAAAGUUGUUAUUGGAUUGGGUCCACGCUUAAGAAAGUCUACUCUAAGAGAAAAGUAUCGACUUUCGUGGCUCAAGAAAUCGCGGAUCAACUUGAGAACUGGGAGGGAGAACUACAUCAAAGUCUACACUGCCGACGGAUUAAAGAUGGGCCAAUCGACUUAGCGCAGGCUGUCGCCAUUCUCCACGUGAAUCUCCUACAUUGCCACUCCGUACUGCUUCUCACGCGGCCCUUCUUUCUAUAUCUCAUCAAGAUGGGCUGCGAGGACAUGUCUAGGAGUGCCCACAAAACGGCUCACAUUAGCCCAAGAUUAGAGAAGUUCUCUCAGAUCUGUGUUGAGGCCUCGCAACGUACGAUAAUUAUCGCCCGGUCUGCUCUGGAAGCUGAAUACUUGCCUCAGUGCAAUCCUUUUGUAAUAUAUUUCGUCUUCGCAGCGGCACUCAUAAUCUUGAGCAACGAAUUUGCUUCAUUGUAUCAUAAUCCAGAUGCGGAAAAUUCCAUCCACAGUGCCUUACUCAUUCUCGCCUACUGUGGGGAAAGGGACGCACAGGCUCAACGAGUCUCGUAUAUCAUCGAUAGUUUUCGCACCGCAAAUAUGAAUCAGUCUUCGACGAUGAGGAAAAUAUAUUUGCCCGGGAGGACGGUACCCACGAUAUCCACGCUCUCGCAUAAAUUCCCCCAUGAGCCGAUGUCGCCCUUCUUCCGGCACGUCAAAGCCGAACGACAGGAUAUGUUCGUCAAUGAGAUGUCUCCGGUGAAAGACCGGCAGGUAGCAAACAUGUCGAGUGUGCACUCGGAGCCUACCAUGUCUCGUAUGAUGCCGCCGCCGCUUCAGCAACCUAGCCCCGAAGGAAGCGUAACGUUGAAUAGUGGUAUUGCCGCCACCUUGCCGCCAUCAAUGGAACCGCUAAGUGGCAAUGACAAUGAUUUCGAUUUGGAUAUAUUAUGGCAUGGCUGGACGCCGCAACCCGUUAGCAGUAUGGGCAUUCCGUCCACAUUACACCCGGCCGAAUCCUUCAAUGCGUACGGGAUUCAUCACCCGCCUAUGCCGCAGGGGAACGGCCUAAAUCCCCACGUGCCGUCGUAUCCACCCUCAGAAUACAGAUGAUCACUUAGCAACGAACAUAGACUACCGCUGGGCGAAGAAGCGAAAGGUCUGGUAUAAUCAAUGGGACACACAUAUCCGUAUAUAGGGGCUAUUUCUUUGAUAUGUUAGGACAGUCAAAUCUCAGGAUGAUAAUGGCGUUGGACACUAGAUGGAAUAAUUUGCGCGCGCUACCUCGCUGGUGGGUUUCGGCUAUGGGAUAUACCUAGGGAGCAGGGAGUUUAAUGCGGCGCCAGGCUAGCACUUAGGUAUACAUCUUUGGUUGUGAGUUUUUUCUUCUUUUCUUUCUCUUUUUUAUUA